GCAAGAGGGGCAUAGGCUGCAGUAGGGGGUAACACAGGAAUGCAGUGAGGCAUAUGAAUCCCCCAUUGGCUCUCUCAUAUCCAAUAGCCCAGGGCUGGGGAUCACAGCAGGAUGGGAUGGGGGUGCACAUUUUAUCUCCUUAGCCUCCCUGCGCGGGGGCAUUCCCACCGUUACCAUAGCGACCCAGUGACACAUACCCAGGCCAUAAAACAGCCUUAGCCCCAAACAAAAGGCAGCGGCCGGGAGUCAUUGUACUGAGAGGGAACACAAAAGCCUCAUCAAAUAACUGUGCCGAGCUGCUGCCUCCUAGGGUCCCCGGCAGUCGGUGGCGCUGGGGGACACCCAGGCACCCACAUUGCACCCACAGCACUCUGACUAUGGGCACCCACGCCGGCAGCUGCUCCGUGCUGCCACACUUGUUUGUCCUGCUGAGUUUUAUGGUCUCCGCCACCCAGUCCCUAGAAACAGUGAACUUGGUGGACUUCUGUGGCCAAACGGUCCGAGGGGACGGAAUGAUCGUGAAUUCCCACAGCGAGUCCAGGAAGUAUUACUUUGUCUCUAUGGGGACGGACUGCCGGCUGACCAUGCAAGCCUCGGCCCUGAAGGACAAGGUCCAGUUCCAGUUCCGCUUCUUCCUGGUCUACAGCCUUUUACGUAUGUCCAACGCUCAGAGCGAGGCGUCCGGGCCGGGGACUAACAGCAGUGGCCAAGGUGCUUCAGCUCCGGAGGAAACGAAAGCAACUGGGUCAGGGCAGGGAAGUCACUACGAUCCAUGUAAUUCCGGGUCCUACGUUCAGUUCUAUGAUGGAAAAGACCAGAAUUCCGAGCCACUGGGGACCCCUCUGUGUGGGAAGACCAUUCCGAGGCCGGUCCUUUCUACUGGAAACUUCCUGACCCUGCGGCUCGUCACCAGAGGGCAACAGCCAAGGGUGGACUUUGUGGGAGACUUCACCUCCUUCAGAAUCGGGUUUAACAGCAGUGAGUGCAGGUCGGAGCCGUACUUCCACUGUCUCAAUGGCAAAUGCAUUCCCUCCAGUCUGGUCUGUGACUCUAAGAACAUAGACAAUUGUGGGGAUGGGAGUGACCAGUCCCCUAAUGCCCCGGCGAGCUGUACCCCCAUCUCUGCAGAUAAGCAGGGCACCAGCAAAGGGGGCACCGGGGCCCGGAACCUGGGGGACGUUAUGGCCACCCCGACAGUCGGCCUGAAGACGUUUGAGGAAACAACGUUGAAUCUGAGCUACGGCACCGCUGGGAACCAGCAGCUGCUUCACCCGGAAAUGGCCCAUCCCCACGGCACCGCCGAAGAGAGCAAGUCGUACACCUCCCUCCUCUACCUGUACGUCAUCCUGGGCCUGGCGGUGGGCGUGGCCUUGCUGUUUUGGUGCUGCUGGUCCCCCGGUUGGUUCAUAUGGAGAAUAAGCAUCUGUCGCUUCAUCCCCUGCUGCAACUCCUUCUGCGCCUCCUGUCACCUCUGCACCCGUAGCUGCACCUUUAAGGAAAAGUGCCGCCCUGGGAAAGUCACCCCACAGAGUGCAGCUACCACUGUGCCCGUUUGAGGGGGGCAGUUCCAUGCCAGGCACCUCUGCCAGGAACAUUCAGUGGCAUCCAGACACCUGGGGAGGAGGAGGAGGAGGGUGGCGCUGAUCCAGUUCUACCUCAUUGUAGCCACAACCUAGCGACACUCUUAACUUAUUUCUGCCCCAAAGAGACGGCGUGUUGGGCAACUGCAAAGAAGCGGGACAAACCAUUCCCAGUGCCCGGGAGGGAAGGGGGCAGUCAGACAAUGGAUGCUUCCAGCGAGCUUUCUUUUGUAUUUAUAAACCCAAAUAAACCCAAAAUGCUCUGAGGGGGUGAAGGAAUGUGAAAUAUUUCUCUGGGGGUAAGUAGCAGGGCUGUCCUUAAUGGGGGCUGUCAGGGGGCAAAAUACCAGGAAUAUGGGCACAUUUAGCCGCUGAUGGUUGUAGAUAAAUAUCUAAGUAGAGCCAUACUUGGUGUUGCCCCCCACUGCGGGUAGGCAGACCCCUCUUUCACUUGCUCCAUGGAUUUGGGGGGCACCCAGCCAUAGUGGUGGCUACAGGCAGCAACUACUGAGAGACCACCAUUAUGGCAGCCCUUGCUCUACAGAAUACCCUAGAACUUCAUUUGCCCCUCGGCAUAGUGCCCCCAAGUGUACCCCAGAAUAUCCUCAUAAAAGCAACAUAAGUAUGUGUCCCCAGAUGACGGGGACAAAUGGGGGACAUUGGAACGCACUACAUUGCAGCAUACACCGCUGUGCCCGAGGGAAUGGGACCAAGGACAAGUAGAUGCCAUGGGAGGCUUGGGGUAAUGGGGGAACUAGAAGGCCAGUGAUCACCUACCUGUACCACCGGCCUUGAUAUGGGAUUCCCUAGGGCUGAUGUUAGAGUGGUGGCCUUGAGCAUAGAGAUUGCCUCAGGUUGGGCACCCCUUGGGUAAUUAGUGAUGGUAUCAGCUGUACUAUUUUGCCUCCCCUAUUCUGGGGCACCAAGGCAGAUGCCCUCUCCUGCCCACCCUAAAGCCGACCAACAUAAGUCGUUUGUGCCCAACGUUUGGAUAAACUCUAGAAGAAUUUCUUGGCCAGACGAGCAGUUAUGGUUCCACCACCCACAUGGAGGCCUCAACCUGGAACCCAAGCUCUUUGGAAGCAGAGCGGCCAACUGGGCAUCACACACAUGGGCCACUGCUGUUAUUGGACAACCGGACUAUCGGCCCUAUCGGGUCAGAACAACUGUGAGGUCUAAGAAGAUGAGAUGCAUCUUUAUCUGUAUGUAAAGCAAGAUGGCACCAUAGCCUGGUCCUUAGUGGCCACCGGGCACAACCCACAGACUGGCACAGGGCUGCCCGCUUGGAAGCAGGGAAAAGAUCUGUAGAACAUUAAAAUAAAAAUCUGUUUAUUAAA